AUGUCUCGCCCUGCACACAGAAGACCAGAAUACCAUAAAAUCAACAAAGAUCUCUUUGUCCUCACCUAUGGAGCUCUGGUUGCCCAACUGUGUAAAGAUUAUGAAAAAGAUGAAGAUGUGAACAAAUAUUUAGAUAAAAUGGGGUAUGGCAUUGGAACACGGCUGGUGGAAGACUUUUUGGCUCGAUCUUGUGUAAGAAGAUGCCAUAGUUAUUCAGAAAUUACAGACAUAAUUGCCCAGGUUGCCUUUAAGAUGUACUUGGGGAUUACACCAAGUGUGACCUGUAACAAUUCAAGCAGGACUGAAUUUUCCCUGAUCCUAGACAAGAAUCCGCUGGUGGAGUUUGUGGAAGAGCUCCCCGCCGGGAGAUCCUCUCUCAGCUACUGCAAUUUACUCUGUGGGAUUAUCAGAGGUGCCCUGGAAAUGGUUCAUUUGGCUGCUGAUGUUACAUUCUUGCAAGACAGACUGAAAGGCGACCGUGUGACAGAAAUAGGAAUAACAUUUUUGAGAAAGCUAGAUGAGAAAAAAUACAGACGGAAAAAAUGA